CGAACCUCGAUCAGAGAAACUUUGACUAUGUGUAUUGUAUCCCCUAUAAAAGGGGAGAGACCCCUCAUUGUAAUGGAUCCAAGUUUAGAACAAAUAAACUCCUACUUUGCAUUCUCUCUCUCUAAAACUUAUAUUAUUCUUUGUUCUCGGUGGUUUAUCGCCAUCAAAUUGGUGCUCUCAUUGAGAGAAGAGAAACAUACUCGUAGGUUAACUCCCGAACGCGAGAAUGGUGCAAACAAGGAGCAACGUCCCCACCACCAGCCACGUCGUUGGCGAAGAGAACGCGCCGGGCAGCGGCAAUGGUACGGGCGGCAUCGGUUCGACUCCGGACGCGGUCCAGGCGCUUUUCGGCUUGGGGGUGACCGCGGAGCAGCUCCAGGCAGCUGUUGCGGCACUUUCCGCCAAGGGUGGGAACGUGCCCGGCGCCGGAGUUGGCAAAGCUCCGUCCAAUCUCCAUGCCGAACACGCUGCCACUUCCCAACACAAGGGGAAGAAGACCUGGAGGAGUAGAAGGAGGCCCGGCAAGGCCCCGACAAUCGAGGAGGUGAUUGUGGAGGACGUCCCGGAUGAGGAGGACGAUGAGUCCAGCGAGUGCCGAGUGUCAGCCUUCAGACGCUUAGGAGGGGAAGAGACUCGGGUGUCGGCAUUCGACAGGCUCGAACGCGGACCGGAAGUUCGCCCGGGCGACCUCCGCCGACAAAUAGCCGAAGGCAGGCGGAGGCAUGCUGAGGAGUCUGCAACAUCGGAUGCUCGCUCGGCGAGGUCCGAGCGGAGCGGAGAGAGGCGGGAGGAGCGCACCCAGCGUCGCCAUAGCCCGACGAGAACUGAGAAGACAAAGGUCUCUGACCAAGGAGUGUCUCGGCUCGCACGUGAGGUUGCCGAGCUUAAGCGCCGAGUGGAGACCAGGGCUCCCUACAGCCAGCCCAUCUUGCGGA